UCAUAAUGUUUCCUUUAGAAACGGAUACAUUUAUUUUAGAAACCAUUUCCUCAUAGAUAAUAAGAAACAUUUAAGUAAUUUGAAUCCUUGAACCAUGAACGCUUUAUGUGUUCAGACAAUUAGACAUAUUUGCAUUUAAACUGAUCUUUAGCACCUUUUUGACUAGAAGGUGCUUGAAUACAUAGGGUCUUCAAUGAAUUUGUUGUGAUUCUAUGGCACUGAACUUAACUUACAAACUUCAUUGUACUUUAAAUGUAAAGCUAAGUUACCUGAUCCAUCUACCAACCAGGAAGUUUGCUUCUGUGUGUGUGUGUGUGUGGGACGAGAUUUGCGUGACAGUUCCUCAUAUUGAAUCUUGCAGUAACUGGUGAGCAUGUUGUUUUUUUUCACCACUGAGUGUUAUUCACAGUGUGGAGCUAGUGGGACAGAAGUAGAGCAACUUUGUCACAUUAUCAGAAAAACAGUGUGAACAUGUUGGAUCAUGGUGGAAUUGACUGGAGGGCUGGCCAGGUUCUGUCAGCCACCUAUAACUUCAGCCCCAACAGUGACGGGUGCAUGAUAUUUGAUGCCAAACUACAAGCAUCCAUCCAACCUCUGCAAAAGAAGACCACAGUAAAAGAACUGCUAAUGAUGAGACGCCAGAAAUGGAAUUCGGAGCAGAAAUGGAUUUCAGAGCCUAAAUUAAAGUUUGGCAAAUAUGAACCUGUCAUCACGGACCUAAGUCCUCAAAUGGCAACAUCACCAACGCAUGUAAACCAGAGUCCCAUCGCAAACGUUAUCCCUGCUCUUCCAGAAAACGCUGCCAUGACACUGCAGGAUAUGCAACAGCUUGUACAACUUUCCCCUCAAGAACAGAAGGUCUCAGUCUCCAACGGCAAAAUGACACUGUUUCACUGGCAAAUACAGCAAGAGUCCAGGAAGGUUGAAGGUCUGUCUGCAGAGCAGCUGUGCAUGCAGGACUCGGAUGGAGACACAUUUCUUCACAUAGCAGUGGCUCAAGGCAGGCGAGCCCUGUCUUAUGUGCUUGCUGCUAAAAUGGCCAGGUGUGGCUCCCUGGAUAUAAAAGAACACAACGGACAGACGCCUCUCCAGAUCGCGGUGGCCAUCAAUCAGCACUUGAUCAUCUCCGAUCUUCUGACUCACGGAGCGCAGAUCAACAUCAGGGACCUGUGGGGUCGCUCUCCUCUGCAUGUAUGUGCAGAGAAGGGCCACUUCCUCAGUCUUCAGAGCAUCUGCACAACCCUCGCAGGGCGUGGCCGAUCAGUCGAAGUUGAAAUGUUUAACUAUGAUGGUUUGACUCCACUCCACGCUGCAGUUUUGGCUCACAACGCUGUUGUUAAGGAGGUGAGACACCUUGAAAACCCUUGUACUUACAUGAUCUCGGAGCUGGCGCACAGGAGGCGCAGGUACGUGGAGUGCGUCAGGACUCUAAUGCACAUGGGCGCCUCUUACUUGACAAAAGAUCUGAAAAGCGGCCGAACUUGCCUUCACAUGGCUUCUGAGGAGGCAAAUAUUGAGCUGCUUAACGUUUUCCUCGAGCAGCCAACUUCGCUUGCAGCAGUAAAUGUAAAGACAUUCAGUGGAAACACUGCCCUGCACAUCGUCAGCUCUCUGCAAAAUUACAAAAAUCAGGCGGAGUCCGCAAAGCUGCUGUUGAGGAAAGGUGCCGAUCCAGGGAUGAGGAAUUUUGAAAACGAGCUGCCGUGUCAGCUGGUGCCUGAAGGACCUGUCGGUGAAAAGCUCCGGCACAUCCUGAAGGGGAAAUACAAUGUUUAAGUACAACUUCAGAACACUGUCAGUCAGACAGUCAGGUUAAUAAUAUUGGAAAUUUGCCCAACCAAGGCAGAUGAUUGUUGUUUCAGUGAAACACUGCCAUGUGUUCGUUACUAUGUAAUGUUUACAUGUUUUGGUCUUACUUUGUUUUUUUUUUGGGGGGUCUGAACUAUGAAGUGAGUAACUUCACGUUCAUCUCUGGGUGUCUGAAAGUUGCCUCUUAUUUAUGGUGGUGGUAACUUCUGCUGGAGAACAUAACCUGUUCCAGAUCAGAGAGAACAGUGCUUAUGGGAAGUUUUUGGCCACUCCAAUGUAUAAAAAAAGGAUUGUUUGAAUAAAACUGUAUAGUUUCCCUAGAGUUUUACACGCGUCUCGACUACAUGAUCCGGUUCAGGACCAACAGUGGGCUCAAAGUUUGUGGUACCCCUAACUACGCAUUGUCUUUUGUUCCAACCUGCUUCCAUAACUCAGCAGUUUUUCUUUCAUUUUUAGGUUUUGAUUAGAUUAUGGAGAUAACCAUAAAAGUAUUGCAAUAUCCAUGCAAUUAUGUUAUAAAGAGAUCUCUUUCCUGUUUCCAUUCAUCCCUCAUCGCUAAUCGGGCCACUUCACUCCUAUUAAAUAUGUAUUGCAUUAAAAAAGUUUUUUAGAUUUAGGCAGCUUGAAAAGGUUAAUCUGCCUUUGUAGAACAGAGCUUGUUUUUUCCCCAACAUUGUAUUGAUUAUUGGGAUUUGCUGUGAUGGGGAGCUUUGCGUGAUUUAUUAUUUACGUGCUUGUGUUAUUGGUGGGGGAAUACAUUUUAUAAACUUUAGAAUAUUUUCACUUUUGUGUUGACUAAGAAUAAUAGCAGUGAUCUUCUGAUUUUACGUACCAACUUCAGUUUUGUUUUGAUUACGUCAAGUAAUUUUAUUCUAUUAAGUCAUUGAAUGUAGGAAUUAUAGCAGUUCGUUUUAUUGUGAAAUAAACAUGCAUUGAUAGUUCUUCUGUGUGAUUGUAAAAUUAAAGUAAAAAAAUAAAUAAAUGUUUCAGUGUC